AUGGCUGGCUCAUCCGACAAAUUCAGUAGCCACGGCCAGGAGAAAGGCUGGAAACCGCUGAUGUGCGCUGCUGAGGCCGGCGACGUCGACACGCUUACAGCGCUGCUUACUGACGGUUGCGACAUCGACAUCAACGCACGCGACUACGGCGGCUGCACGUCGUUGGCACUAGCUGCCGAAAAGGGACAUACCGCUGUGGUAGAGCGACUGCUUGCACACAACGCCAACCCCAACUUGAGCGAUCUGGACCAUCUCGCACCGUUAUGGAAGGCCGCUCGCGAUGGCCAUACAUCUGUCGUGCAACUGCUACUAGCGAGUACCAAGUUGUCAGAUGUCAACCCGCGGCCUUCAUACCUCCACGAGCAUAAACUAGAGACACCCCUGUCCAUUGCGAUCAAGGAGGGCCAUCAAGAAACAGCCGAGCGACUAUCACACGCAAAUGGCAUCAAUCCGUGCCUAACAACAAUCCUGUCUAAGACUGUCUACUGGGAAAAAGUCAGUAUACUUGGCCUUGCUGUUUGUGCUGGAUUUGAACACGUGGCGUUAUCUUUGCUGGCAAAAUGCGACAUUGGGCGCGACUCUCAAGAGGCUGACCACGGUGGGACCAAGAACAUCGUUGAGCCUGCAUCGAAACUCCUGGUUUUCGCUGUCGCCGCUGGAUGCUCUAGAAUUGUUCGAGAACUUUUGGCCAAGCACAGUCUCGAUGUUAACGCGGUUCAUGGGUACCACGCAGGGGAAGCACUAGGCUGGGUUGAAGAUAGCCCACUGAUGGCGGCGUCCAGGCGGGGCGAUCUCAGCGCCGUCCGGUUGUUUCUAGAUAUGGACGAGGUCAGACCGGGACUUAGUUCGAACCGUAGCGGGACGGCACUUACCGCUGCUGCCCAGGGGGGUUUCGUUGAUGUGGUCAAGAUUCUCAUUGCUGAUGGCAGGAUUGAGGUUGGCCAUGAAAAUCAAGAUGGGCGCACUGCUCUUUCAUUUGCGGCCGAGAGUGGUUCCAAAGAUGUAGUGAACGAACUGCUGGCAACUGGAGACACCAAUCCGAAUGACCAAGAUUCCGAUUCGAGAACGCCGCUGAUUUGGGCCGUGAAUCCACGGCAUGGCCAGAUCGCCGUGAACGCUCGUGACUCUUUCGGCCUUACGGCAUUAUUAUACGCGGCUAAAAAUGGCGCUCUCGGACUCGUCAUGGCUCUUUUAGAGCACCCUCAAAUCGAUCCGACAGCUGGACCUAAGGACAAGUCGCCCUUAGCAGAGGCAGCCGUACAUGACCAUGCGGACGUGGUUCAGGCACUGAUAAGUGUGGGGCAGGUUGACGUUAAUACCAUCCUAGCCAGUACCUAUGAAAGAACAGCACUCAUGGCUGUGGUCGAAUAUGGCCGAGUCGAACGCGAAAUUGCGACUCAAGUGCUGCUAUCCGCCCCCAGUAUAGAUGUGAACUUCCAGGACAGGGACGGUAGGACAGCGUUGAUGCUGGCUGCCUCUGGAGGCACAGUAGGAAUGGUCAAGCUUAUUUUGGCUUCUGGGGCCGAGCCUAACAUGCAGGAUAACUCUGGUCGUACGGCUCUUUGCUAUGCGAAGAGCAUCGAGAAAAUGAAGGCGCUUCUCGAGGAUCCAAGGAUUAAGCCCGAUCUCCCAAACAGCCAAGGGCGGACAGCACUUUCUCUUGCUGCAGAAGCUGGUAGAAGGGAACAUGUCAAUGCACUUCUCGAAAGGAAAGACGUUAAUCCAGACUCACGGGAUAUCCAUGGAAGAUGCCCUCUUUCAUGGAUUUUCUGCAAGAAUGGUCUUCAGGAUAGUGAGAAAAAAGAAGAGCGGAAAGCUGUUUUGCAGCGGCUGCUUAGGAUUCCAGACGUCGAUCCUAAUGCCGAGGACCAUGAUGGCUUUACUCCGUUGCUUCUGGCUGUCAUGUCUCAUCAAGGCCAUGAGUAUGUCGAGGUUCUACUCUCGCGGUUAGAUCUUGAUGUGAAUCAGCCUCGAGCUGGGGGCCUUGGCAGCCCAUUAGACACUGCAAAACAAGUAGGUAAUAUGGAAACUACGGCGCUUUUGCGCACAAGAGGUGCCAGUGAGUCGAUCAAUUCUGUGAGGCCUCAUUCCUUUGAGGCCACCUUUGUGAUGGAGCAAGGCUUCCGGUCUAGUGCAUACUCUAUGUUUGAGGAGGCUCGACCACAACAGCGACAACGACAGCGUGCACGCCGCUCAUUAUCUCAAGGAAGUGGAACUUCAAGCGAUGAACCUGAUUUUGACUACCAACCGAAGCUGUCAGGAAGUCUAGUUGAUGCACUACGAGCAAACCUGCUUAAGGAGUACCCCCUAUAUCUGGAGGAGCAGCAGGAAUAUGUCGACGAGUGGACAGAUGGCACAGAAAGCAUGUGUUCGUCAUGCUUGGAUAUCAACCUCGGUUCUGCCCUUUGGAGACGCCAUACCCAGUAUGAAGGGCGCGUGAUCGCCGGCCUAGGUAGGGUGGACGAAACUUGGAAGACGAGGAGUUGCCCUCUAUGCCGCCUGUUUGCUACCGUGUAUCCUCAUACCAGCCUCAGGGAGGAGCACAAGCUGGUCAGCUUCUCUACCACGCAAUCUUGGAUCUGCCACGGAAAGAUGAGCCGCUGGAAUGAUCUUCGAUUUAAGCGAUUCGCCGACACUAUGUUGCUAGCCGUAGUGGCUGGCGACUCCCCCGUUGCUGACGAGGUGGUUCCAACCCGACGUCGCUCAAGGCGCAACCCGAGCCCGUCAAGACGUGAAAAGGAUGUUGUUAAAGCCACUUUCUCUUCCGGCCUCAUCGGCCGCCUCGGGAGGAACGGUCCAAAUCUAUGUUCCUUGAAUAUCCCGCGAAUGACCACCGAGAUAAAGGACUGGAGUAUAGCUAGGGGUUGGAUAACUUUGUGUCGCGAGAACCACUCGGGGGAGUGCAACCCGCGUAAAUCAGCCGCCGUUCUGCAUUUCUUUCUGAUCGAGUGUUCUACAAGGCAGAUUGCUGAACAGAAAGAGUCUCAGACUGACGGUCUGCCGCCAUAUGUCGCUCUGAGCUACGUAUGGGGUCAGUCACAAGGGAAUCAGCAACCGCUACAACGAGAGAAGCAGCAGGAAAUCCUCGACGGGAAAGGAGACGGUAUAGUGGAGCCAGCUAUUGAGGAUGCCAUCCGUGUGACACUAGAGCUGGGUUACAGAUACCUCUGGGUGGAUCGGUAUUGCAUUGUGCAGACGGGAGACGAGGCCAUUAAGCAGGAGCAGUUAAGGCAUAUGCAUCUUGUCUAUGCCAAUGCCGAAGUGACUCUGAUUGCAGCAGCUGGGCAAGAUUCAUCAGCAGGUCUACCUGGUGUCCCAGGGCGCCCGAGGAGCCAGCAACCCGGCGCUUCGAUUCAAGGACACGCUUUGGUAUGUAUCCCACCAGAUCCCUCCCUUCACAUCCGCUCCCGCUCCACUUGGGCCACUCGGGGAUGGACAUAUCAGGAGGGACUGCUAGCACGCCGUCGUCUCUACUUCUCAGAUUAUGAGAUGUCUUAUGAGUGCCGGAACAUGCUGUGUCGUGAGGCCAUCCGCUUGCCUAUUGGAUUUGAACAGCUACUAUCUGGACAUAAACCACGCUUUAUGGAGCCGUUUUGGAUGUAUCAGCCAUACAAACUUCCCGGGAUGGAUUCAGACCAAACUGGCGUCGGCCUAUUUGACCUCUUGGAGGUUUACAUGAAACGAAAGCUUUCCCUGCCUUCGGACACACUCAAUGCCAUGCUUGGCAUCUUCAGUUUACUUGCUCAACACAAAACAAGACCUAUCUAUCAUAUUUGUGGCGUUCCCAUUCUGCGCCUCAAAGAACGUUACGAACGAGGAUCAGGGGGAAGGUCACGAAAGCCAACAGGGUCCAGCAACAGCGUCGAUAAUGAGGAUACCGCUGCUGCAGGCCUAGGUGGCUUUCUCGACGGUCUAUGCUGGCGACUUGUAAAGCCCGCCCAUCGGCAGACAGGCUUUCCGAGCUGGUCGUGGACAGGAUGGCAGGGCGUGGUCACGGGCAUGAGUAAGACAAGCAAGCCUAUGAAGCAAAGCAAUGGAUUUGCGAUAGACGUAUCCAUCAUUCCGGGCAAUCAGGACGAUGCAGUUGCAGUGCCGUGGAAGCGGUGCUAUGACCAAUUGCGAAUGGCGGACGACAGCAACCCAGACAUCCGAUCAGGCCAGAACCAUGUGCUUGAGAUCACAGCCAGUUCUGUCACCGUUAGGUUUCACAGGGGAGAGUUCGACGGUCGCCCCAACACGUGGAUUGGUACGCUAUGCGCUGGCCAUGGCGUAUGGCAGGGCGAGUUCUUCCUCACCAGCAAGGAUGUACUUGUGCCAUCGCUGCUACAGGAGUCCUGGACAGGCAUUGUAUUAGGGAAUUCGAAAAGUGAUUGGCACGAGAACCUUCACGACACCAAAGUGGUCGUUAUACAAGAACAGAAGCAUAAGCGGGGGCAGAGAAGUAUGAAGGGGCAAAAGUACUACGAACGUGUUGGAUUACUUAGGGUUAAAAAUUGUACACUUGAAGGCAGUUCUAGUGAGGCAGGCUCUGCUGUGCCAGCCUAG